AUGCUGCUGUCGCUGCACUGGUUCUGGCUGGUCCUUUGGCUAUCUCUGAGAGCAGUGGAGGCCCAGUUUCCACGUCCCUGUACCACACCAGAGGCUCUGCAGGCCCGGACGUGUUGCCCCCUCUGGAAUGGCUCUCCUUGUGGGUUCAGCUCAGGUAGAGGAGUAUGUGCACCACAUCCUGCAAGAGACCUUCCAAAACCAGUGGACUACAGGGUGAGCUGGCCUCGUGCCUUUUAUGAUUCAGUGUGUACAUGCUGGGGAAACUAUGAUGGAUUCGACUGUGGUCAGUGCCUCCCAGGCUGGAGAGGACCCCAGUGUCAGCAACGGCACCAUGUUGAGAGGAAAGAGAUAACAGAUCUGACUGAUCCUGAGAGAGAGACGUUCCUCUCAAGCCUUCACCUGGCGAAACAGAGCCCCAGCAGCCGAUAUAUGAUCCUUACAAGCAACGACACGACAGUGGAUGGGAACUAUGCAUUUCACAACACAAGUGUGUACAAUCUGUACGUAUGGAUGCACUACUACUCUGCCAAGAGCUACGCUGGUUCUGAAAAUAAUGCUGCACACCGAGGUCCUGCUUUCACCUUCUGGCACCGAGUGUUUCUACUCUUCAUCGAGAGAGAGAUUAGGGAGCUCACUGGGAACCAGGACUUCUACAUCCCAUACUGGGACUGGACCAGAAGCAACCAUUGCAACAUCUGCACCAACAAGUACUUUGGGGGAGUUGGCCAAGAUGGUCGUAUAGACAGUGCUUCUCUUUUCUCAAAAUGGGAGACAAUAUGUCCAUUUCAGCAAAGUCUUGGCAUAAUCUGCAUUCACUCUGAUGCAUCCGAUCCUACACAUCUGAUCCGCAACCCUGGAAGGGAUCCAAUGUACAAAACACUACCAACCGCCGAGGACAUUGAAGACACAAUGGCAACACCCGUUUUUGACACCCCUCCAUUUGACAUAACAUCUCGGAGAGGCUUCAGGAACAAGCUAGAAGGUUUUGAGAUUCCCAAUGAUUCCCGACACCUGAAUGCCUCUAUGCACAACCUGGUCCACAGAUAUCUCAAUGGCACCAUGUCUCUGGUGCCCACUGCAGCCAAUGACCCCAUCUUUAUGCUACAUCACAGCUUCAUUGACAAGCUUCUUGAGAGGUGGUUGCAGGACCACAGUACAGCGAGCUACCCUGACAGUGACGAGGUCCAUCCAGCCCAGAGAGCGCAGGCCUACAUGGCUCCUUUCUUCCCUCUUCGCACCAACAACUACUACUGGGGCAGAGACACCUACAGCCUGGGUUACAGC